GAUUUCACACAGAAUUAUACAACACGCGUGUUUACAUGGAGGUGCACAGAAAAACAAGAAGGACAAUAGGGUAAUCUCUCCGAAUUGCAUCCAUCAAUUUUGAUUUGCAUUUAGCAAUCAUGAUAUUUUUACACAGAGACUAGUUUGAUAUAAAACGCAUUUAGAAAAUAGAAAAAAUAAUUUGAAUAUAUAAUCAACUUUUGUGCAAGACUCCUAUGUGGCUAUCCGAGGAUCCCAAAUUGUUCCCUUGUGUCUGAUCGAGCAGCUCCGUUCAGGCGACGAAGGAUGGCGUUAAAAGAGAGCUUAGACAAGUUCAAAAAGCAGCAAGAGAUGUGCCAGACUACCCUUUCCAGCAUAAAAGCAAGUUCAAAGUCAACUCCGAGAGUCACACCUUAUAACACCCCUGCAAAUGCUAAGUCUCCUGCCCCUGCAGUAAAAUUCUCAAGUGAUACAGAAAGACUCCAACACAUUAACAGCAUAAGGAAAGCUCCCGUGGGGGCUCAAAUAAAGCGUGUUAUAAACUUGCUACUUGAGACAAGGCAAGCCUUUACAGCGGAGCAAAUAAAUGAAGCAUGUUAUGUUGAUGUGAAGGCGAACAAGGCUGUAUUUGACAGUUUGAGUAACAAUUUAAAAGUUUAUUAUGAUGGAAGGCGCUUCUCAUACAAGUCCAAGCAUGAUCUGAAAGAUAAGGGUCAGCUUCUUAAGUUGAUACGGAAAUUUCCUGAGGGUAUAGCUGUUAUCGAUCUCAAGGAUGCAUACCCUUCAGUAAUGGAUGAUUUACAGGCUCUGAAAGCUGCUGGUGAAAUCUGGCUGCUAUCAAACUUCGAUUCACAGGAAGACAUAGCAUACCCAAAUGAUCCUAGGGUACCUAUAAAGGUUGAUGAUGAUCUGAAACAACUAUUUAGGGGAAUUGAACUACCAAGAGAUAUGAUUGACAUCGAAAAGGAUCUUCAGAAGAAUGGUAUGAAACCUGCAACAAACACUGCGAAGAGGAGAGCCCAAGCGCAGGUUCACGGUAUCUCCAACAAGCCCAAGCAAAAGAAGAAGAAACAUGAAAUCAGCAAGAGGACAAAGCUGACUAAUUCUCAUCUUCCUGAGUUGUUCAAAAAUCUCAGCUGAUAAUGGUCUAUCAAGAUGUCAAUCCAGCCUCAAGUUCCUGAUGAUGGCGAGUUCCUUUUAGAUCCGGAUCUGUGGACUGUGGUUACCAAAUAUCCGUGAUUCAGCUAGACUUUAAUACUGCAUAAGUCUUUAAAGUUCAAUUUUUACUGGCCUACAUUGUGUAUCGUAAAAGACAAAUAACCGUUUUGAGUAUGCCCUCAAAUACUAAACAGGGUAAAUCUAUAGUGGCCCUGUUCUGAUUGAAUUGUGAAUACAUGUUUAUUGAUUAUUAUGUAUAAUAUAUUUUGAUUUAUCACAA